GUCGCCGGAGUCGUCACUUCCAGCGGGCGGCGCUGGCGGUCGGAGGGCGGGCGGGCGCGCACUGUCGACGCGGGCGUCACUCUGCCGGCGGACAGUGUCCGAGGAACACCGAGCUGCACUCCCACUGCCCGGCAGCCGCGCCUGCGACCCUCCGCCGUCAGUCGGCCGCUCCGCCCGGUCGUGAGUCCGUCUGUCCGUGAUCGUUGGCUGCUCGUGACCGUUCCGUUCGUGAGGUGCGCUGGUGGUUGUGUUCGCGCGGCCGCUCGGCCGACACCGGCACCGCUAUGGUAAAGGAGGUCAUCACGCACGUGGUGCGCCGCUGGCGGCAGCUCGUCCCCUGGAGGCUGUCGGAGAUGCUGGCGCUGAUGCUGCUCACCGUCACCGUGUUCCUGUUCGUCCACACCAACGACCUGGCUGCGCAGCUGGAGUCGGCCAAGCAGCAGCAGCAGCGGCUGGCGCUCACCGGCGCCCGCAGCGACGGUCAGUCGCGGGACCACCGGAGCCCGCUGGCGCUGCGUGCCGACGCCAGCUCGGCUAGCGGCGGCGGCGGCGUGCGCUACAAGUUCCAGCAGACAGCGCCACAGUUUCACUUCGGUCAGCUGAACAUCACGGGUAACGCCGGCAAGGAGACGCUCUUCUUCAACCGGGUGCCCAAGGUGGGCUCCCAGAGCACGAUGCAGCUGCUGAAGCGGCUCUCGUACCGCAACCGCUUCAACUUCCACAAGGACCACCCGCAGAAGGUGGAGCUCAUCAACCUCAACCCGCCGCAGGAGAAGCGGCUCUGCUCGCUCAUCAACAUCUUCCGGCCGCCGGCAGUCUACGUCAAGCACGUCUGCUUCCUCGACUUCGUCAAGUACGGGUACGACCCGCCCAUCUACUUCAACAUGGUGCGGGACCCGGUGGAGCGCAUCAUCUCCUGGUAUUACUACGUGCGCGCGCCCUGGUACUUCGUCGAGCGCAAACGGGCGUUCCCUGAGCUGGAGCUGCCCGACCCCAACUGGCUGAAAAAGGAUUACGAACAGUGCGUGCUGAGCAACGACUGGGAGUGCCGCUACAUCGAGGGCGACAAGAAGGACCGCGUGGGCGACCACCGGCGCAUGACCGGCUUCUUCUGCGGCAUGGAGGAGGACUGCUCCGCCUUCAACUCGGAGGUGGCCAUGCAGAAGGCCAAGCGGAACGUGGAGAAGUACUACGCCGUCGUGGGUGUGCUGGAGGAGAUGAACAAGACGCUGACCGUGCUGGAGCACUACAUUCCACGGUUCUUCGCCGGCGCAUCAGAUAUCUACCAGGAGGAGAAAAGGCUGAGCAAUGUGAACAAGAACAGCUACAAGCCGCCUGUCGCCGAAUACGUCAAAGACAUUGUCCGGAAAAACUUCACGCACGAGAUCGAGUUUUACGAGUUCUGCAAGCAGCGGCUGCACCAGCAAUAUCUCGCGCUGGGCCUGCCGGAAAACUGACCGCCGCCUGCCGCCGGUCGUCACGACAACGGGUGCGCGGCGUCACGACCGGCCGGGUCAACAUUCCGUGUCUGUCUGUACUGUGUGUCUGAGGCCCUUGGCGGCCGCUCCGGUUGUGAUAGUGCGCGGUCAAAUCGUCGACGAUCUCCGCAAACUGCGCGGGAAAAUGCAAUCGGUCUGUGAAGACUUGACUUCCACAGACUACGAACCACCCUGGGGACUUUGUUUUUCGUAUUUUAUUCGUGCUCUCCUGACCUGACCGUCCUUAGGGUUGUUAUUUUAUGGUAUUGUAUUGUAUUUUUACUGUAUUGUGGACGGCUCGCUGGCUGUACUGAGGCCGGAGGUGACGUUCGGCGGAGGGCCGGGUCAAACUACUGCCACUGGCGUGCGCGCGCGUUCGUGGGCGAUCUUCUGUCGGUCUGGUGCAGCUACUACCGAGCCGAGGGCGCCCCUGCGCGGAGGCCCCUCAGCAGCUGUGAUACGGACGUGUGUGUGUAUGUGUCUGGGUGUGGUGCGGAGCGCGGCGGCCACCCGCUCGAAUCUCAGGCGGUGCCGGGGACCUGCGCGGCCGCGGCUCUUCCAGCGCUGUUCGCCAUACGUGCGGCGCCGUCUCUGCUGCGCCGAGUCUAUAUGGACGGACGGGAGGCAGGGGGGAGGGGGAGGGGGCCGGCGGAGGUGACAUGCCGCCCCUGUUCCUGUGACACAUAAUAUACGGUGUAAUGAUGUGAG